GAGGGUGUAUGUUGUGAUAUCGUGGGCAGACUGGCCGAAAAAUGGCGGAGCGCACAAAGACAGCAGCCCCGGCCACCCGGCCCGUCCCCAUGAAGCUUUUUGCUACCUGGGAAGUGGAUCGAACGCCUCCCAAUUGUAUACCCAGACUUUGCUCCUUAACGCUCUCACGACUGGUAAUUCUUCGACCCCUGGGUUCCGAAUUAGCUUCCAUUAGCAUCGCCGUCAAAAUGCAGAGCUCAAAAAGGACAUUACGCUCCAACGAAAUGGCCAUACCCCCUGGAGGAAUGUUAGACACCGAAUUGGAACUUCAAUUUGCUCUUCAGUAUCCACAUUUUCUGAAGAGGGAUGGCAAUAAAUUGUUGAUUCUUCUCCAGAGACGAAAGAGAUAUAAAAACCGGACGAUGCUUGGGUACAAAACUCUUGCAGAAGGUGUCAUUAAUAUGGCACAAGUUUUACAGAAGCAGAUGGACCUGGAAUUAGACUUGGUAUCCGAUAAAGCGGAGAAAUACGGCGGUCAUUCGAUAGUUUUAGCUCGAGUCAAUGUCGUCGCUCUGAGUUCGCAGCCAGUGGAUCACGACAAGCGACUCAUGAACGAUCCCAACGAACGGCUAUGCCAAGAAUUUAGCGACGAGGAAGAGGAGUUCAGCUCGGAAGGUGAAGCUGAAGGUAGCGACAGUGAACCGACGUUAGAAGUUCACAGACGCAAAAGUCGAGGGAAAAUUCCUGCCAAUGCGAGGCAAAGGAACUUGAAACAAAAAUUCAUUUCCCUCCUGAAACGAUUCCGGGUUUCUGAAGAAUUGGAACAUGACCAGGAAGAAAUCAGCCAGAAAUUAUCUGGAGGUGGAAUGGAGAUUGAUGAACUCUUCGACGAACUGGAAGAUUUAUCCGACAGCGGUCCAGAGUUGGAUACAAUGUCGAUUAGCAGUACACCAAAACCAUCUCUUCGGCCAUUUUUCAGCUCGAGUCGUUCCCUUUUGGCGCCUCCAAAUGCCGUAGUAACCAGCGAGGAGACAAGAAACAACUCAGCCGCUGCCGUAUGUCCACUACCUUCUGGUCAACCAACAAAAGAGAAAUCCCGCGUCGGACAUACGACCCCAGAACGAGGAGUGGACAGACAGAGCGAUGACAGUUCCCGAAAAGCAGACAGCGAUUCGCAUCCGGAAAAUUGUACCGAUCAUGAGGCCAACGAUCUGCCAAAUACGUAUGCAGGAUCGCCACCAAAGUCUGAACACCAUCACAAUAAGAACGAAAAUUCCGAGAGGAAAGCAAGGCUCUUCACCAGGGACAAAAGCGUCAGUAAUCCUCCCAAGAGCAAAAAACACAGUCUUUCUGUCGACCUGAAACCUUCAAUGGAUUUAAACAACUCCGAGCCGAGGAAAGCGUUGAUCGAGCAGCAAUUUAAUCGAGUUUUGCCCGACGAUGGAUUGCCAGAUGCGUUAUCAUUGGUUUCAUUAGCCGAUACAGGAGGAGCGGGCUUAGCAACGAGACUUCAAGAACGUAUUCCUUUGGUUCUUACAACCGCAUCUCCUGCCGAUAUUCGUGGGACUUUGACGUGUCUUGCCACCAGGAUACAGAAAUUCUGUAACAGUUCGGCGAAACCUCCAGGACCGAUUAAAAUAGUAAUUGCUGGAGGCGACAGUUUCGUGAACACAGUUUUGAAGCACUACGUCGACCUCUUGAGCUAUAAACCACCCGAUUGGCAAAAUUAUCUGCGAUUUUUGGUCGUUCCGCUCGGUUGCAACACGUUAGCGAAAUAUUUAGGAUCGAUUGACAGCAAAUACGGAGCGCUUUUUGGUGACGAUUGGCGGGAAAUGAUCGACAGGGAGGGCGGCGGUGGUUCUGAAGUUGCUGCCAGGGUUGUAGAAUAUCUUUCUUCUGCUGGAUCGACGCUCUUAUUGCCAAUUGCUGAAGCGAUGGUUGCAUACAGAGAAACUGAUGACAGCAGUCAGAUCUUCAUUCCCUUCGUGAACGACGUACGAGUUGGUUGUCCAGAAAGCAAUUCGUCAACCUCGGUUGAUCUGGAAGAGGGCGGAAUCACAAUGUCAGGGUCGCCACCUUCAUUGCCAACUCCUGGGGCACAGGCACCACCUCCUGGAAGAUUAACGCCACCUAGCAGUCCAAAUGUAGGACAGCCCAGGGAAGGUUGGGAGCCAGUGGAAAUGCAGUUGGACUAUUGGGGGAAAUUGUCCCUUGGGGAAAAGGGAAAAAGCACCUUGAGGCAGGCCUUCCGCGUCCUCCACGUCCAAAGACUACCUCCUUUGGGAGAAUCUCCCGGAAAUCACUUGUCUAUGAGCUUCACGAUAAAGGAGAAAAAACAAAAAAUUAUGAGAUUAGGAAAGAAGAAGGAAAAGGAGAAGGAGAACGAGCCAAAGAGCCAAUCCGUAGAAGGUGUAACGCGACUGAUUUGUUCUGCAAAAACUCAGGUUCCGCUCAGAGUGAACAUCGAUGGAACAGAAUGGUACGGCGUGAAAUUCUUCAAGCUCACGACGCAGUGGCAAACGCACAUCAAGACGUUUCCGAUAGCUUUGUUUGCUUACCAUUCCCAACACCAAAUUCCCAAUCCCACUUGAAGUUCCCUUAUUUUACUUUUUCCAAGGACUUGAUAAGUGAUUAUUCACAUCCGAGUUUGUGAUCGAAUAGAACAUCGCUAGAUUCAAAAUUCGGGUCCAACAAUUCAGCAGAGGACAGAUAUUUUCGAAAUUAAAAAUUAUUUCAGAAUAUUUUUUUAUUUGCCUGUUUGAAAAUUGUUUUUUAAUUUGACUAGAAAACAAGCAGGCCCACUGCGCGCGCGAUUUUCAUUUUUUUUUAGUAUCACACUGUUUUUAAAUUAAAAUAUAUAAUUUAUAUUGAUACAAAUUUUUUGUAUUUC